AUGACACAGGAAGAUGAAUCUAGUAAUAUUAGAUCUCAUAUAAGGAACUUGCCAAUGGAAAAGAAACAUACAAUACAGGAGAAGACACAGUCAUUAGAUGAAAAAAAAAGUACAAUACAGGAGCAGACACAGUUAUUACAAGAGAAGGAACGUACAAUACAGGAGCAGACACAGUUAUUACAAGAGAAGGAACGUACAAUACAGGAGCAGACACAGUUAUUACAAGAGAAGGAACGUACAAUACAAGAGCUAACACAGUUAUUACAAGAGAAGGAACACACAAUACAGGAAACGACACAGUUAUUACAAGAGAAGGAACGUACAAUACGGGAGCAGACACAGUCAUUACAAGAGAAGGAACGUGCAAUACAGGAACAUACACGGUCAUUGCAAGAGAAGGAACGUGCAAUACAGAAGCAUACACAGUUAUUACAAGACAAGGAACGUACAAUACAGGAGCAGACACGGUUAUUACAAGACAAGGAAUGUACAACACAGGAGCAGACAAAGUCAUUACAAGAGAAGGAACGUGCAAUACAGGUACAUACACGGUCAUUGCAAGAGAAGGAACGUGCAAUACAGAAGCAUACACAGUUAUUACAAGACAAGGAACGUACAAUACAGGAGCAGACAUGGUUAUUACAAGACAAGGAAUGUACAAUACAGGAGCAGACAAAGUCAUUACAAGAGAAGGGACGUGCAACACAGGAGCAGACACUGUCAUUAAAAGAGAAGGAACGUACAACACAGGAGCAGACACUGUCCUUACAAGACAAGGAACGUGCAACACAGGAGCAGACGCUGUCAUUACAAGACAAGGAACGUGCAACACAGGAGCAGACACUGUCAUUACAAGACAAGGAUCGUGCAACACAGGAGCAGACACUGUCAUUACAAGAGAAGGAACGUACAACACAGGAGCAGACACUGUCAUUACAAGAGAAGGAACGUACAACACAGGAGCAGACACUGUCAUUACAAGAGAAAGAACGUACAACACAGGAGCAGACACAAUUAUAAUCUUGCAAUUCCAAAUGUUGUACAUAGCUGGUUUAUCACCCUGAAAGCACCUCCUCUCCAUCACCCUCAUAAUUCUCUUGUAACAAUGCAUGAUUUACUGCUCUGUGCCUUUUCUAGGACUCCUGGCUGCUUACAUCUGUUUGACAUCAGCAAAUAACUAUUUAGAAAACAGCUAGUAAAAGCCUAUAUAAAGUGACCUGUUCCUGAUGAUUUGCUGGUUACUAGUGGUUUUAUUCAGAAAUAACAAAAAGUAAAAUUGCAGGUGCUCAAAUAACCUAGGAAUUGUAUCUUUAUAGACAAUAGUGCCACAGAAGCUCACUCAGUGUGUCUCCCUGAUGACUCAAUUAGAACAAACCCAAAACAUAGUGAGGGUACUGUGCAUAUCCCAAUGUGCAGCACUGUAUAAUGGAUAAAGCACACUUAUCCUUUUGUUUUUUUAAAUUAAGUUAUCUGCAUAAUUUUACAUGAAAUAGGACUGAAACAAAAAAGUGCUCUCUGUAACAUAUUCACACAGGCUAAAAGAGACAUGAGUCCAUCAAGUUCAGCCUUCCUCACAUCUGUUUUUUGCUGUUGAGCCAAACAAAGGCAGAAAACCCAGUUUGAAGCACUUCCAGUUUUGCAAGAAACUAGGAAAAAAAAUCCUUCUUGACUUCAGAAUGGCAGUCAGAUUUAUCCUUGGAUCAAGAAACUAUUACCCUACAAUUGAAAAAUGAUAUCAAAUAUUAUGUUUUUGCAAGUAUUCGUUAGACAUGUGCAAUUAGUUUAAUUUUGAAUGCAAAUUUGUAUGAAUUGCCAAAUGCCGAAGUCCCAAAUUGCUGAAUUACCGAAUUGCCGAAGUGCCGAACUUUGGAAGUGCCAAACCGAACCGAAGUGCCUAACCCUACCUCUAACCCUACUCCAUAACACUAACCCUACCCUAUCCCUAAACCUACCCCUAGCCCUACCCUAUCCCUAACCUUAACCUAACCCUACCCAUACGCCUAACCCUAUCCCUAAACCUACUCUAACCUAACCCUAUAUCUAACCUACCCCUAACCCCAACCCCACCCUAACCUGUGUACGUGGUUUUCGGAAGUGCCGAUCUGAACCAAAGUGCCGAAGUCUCAAUUUAUGAGUUGCCGAAGUCCCGAAUUUCGUAAGUCCUGAACUGUACCAAAUUUUUUUGGCCAUGCACAUGUCUAGUAUUCAUCCAGCUGCUGUUAAAACACCUGUACAGACUCUUAUAAAACCACUUUUUCAGGCAGAUAAUUCCAAAUCCUUAUUGUUCUUACUGUAAAAAAAAAUGUUUCUUUGCCCUAGACUAAAUCUCCAAUGCAUGACCUUGUGCCCUAUGUAUAGUUCUGUUUGUGAAUGGAUUUCUACACAAUGGUUUGUAUCACCUGUACUAGAUGGGCCGUUCUUUCGGCCAUUAGAAGGAACAGCUUUCUCCAGCAUAGCUACUCUUAAACUGACCUUAGUUUUGGGGUUAUUCUCUAAAAUGUCAGAAUUCCAACCACAUUGGCAAUUCUUAUAUAUACUAAAGCUAAAUAUUGUCAGAAUUCACACUUCCCGUGAAAAUCUGCAGUAAUUGCUUGGAUGCACUUGGUGUCCGAAUUAAAAUCAGUGCUUUUGUACAGGAUUUAGAAUAGUCACAAUGCACUGGUUUUAAUAAUAUUCCUUACCGAUUUGUAAAUUAUCAUUCUCUUUAUCAUUUUAAGUACUAUUUGCCUGCUGGCAGUACUAGCAGCCAGGAAGCAAAUUGCUAAAAAAAAAAAAAAAAAACCUUGGCAAUUCGAAGGUUAAUUAUGUGUAAGCUGG